AUGAAGGGUCACGAUGGUCAAGUGCACUACGGCACCACGGGGAUCGCGUCCACCUCCGCCGUAGACCACGAGGGCGACUUUGUGACGAGGAACGAGGAGGAAGACCUCCGCCGGGGCCUUCACCAGAGGCAUAUCAGUCUUAUUGCCCUCGCAGGCGCCAUUGGCACCGGUCUGUUUCUUGGUCUCGGCUCCUCGAUUCAAACGGCAGGCCCAUUGGGAGCCCUUCUUGCGUAUGCCACUAUCGGGCUCGUGGUUUGUGCCGUCCAGUUCGCCCUUGGUGAGGUGACAGCCCUCCUGCCCGUGACGGGCUCCUUUGUGCGCCAUGCCGAAUUCCUCGUCGACCCGGCGCUGGGCUUCGCUAUCGGCUACAAUAUCGUGUAUGGAAACUGGCUCUCCAUCCCUGCCGAGAUCAGCGCCAUCUGCGUGCUCUUCCAGUACUGGACCGACGUCAACUCGGCUGUGUGGAUUGUCCUGGUCAUGAUUCUCACUUUCGCCGUGGGUAUCGCCUUCAUCCGCGUCUAUGGAGAGGUCGAGUUCUGGUUCGCCAUCAUCAAGAUCCUCCUCAUUAUCUUCCUCAUCAUCCUCGGCCUCGUCAUCAACCUAGGGGGCAUCCCCGGCGUGCCGCGACUUGGCUUCUACUACUGGCAGGUGCCUGGGCCUUUCGUCCCGUUCAUCGCCGAGGGCAGCUGGGGAUACUUCCUCGGGUACUGGGCCGUCAUGUCCCGCGCCGUCUUCUCCUUCGCUGGCACCGAAUCCGUUGCCAUGGCGGCUGCCGAAACCCGCAACCCACGCCAGGUCAUUCCACGUGCCUGCAAGCGCGUCUUUUUCCGUGUGUCCCUCUUCUACAUCCUUGCCGUGCUCGUCGUCGGCAUGCUCGUCGCCAGCGACGAUGAGCGCCUCGACGAUCAGAGCGGAACUGCCGCACAGUCGCCCUUCGUGAUUGCCGCCAGCGCCGCGGGCAUCGCCGCGAUCCCGUCCGUUGUCAAUGCCGUCGUCAUAACCUCGGCCUGGUCAUCGUCCAACCAGGCCCUCCUCGCAGGCACGCGCGUGCUCUACGGCCUCGCGCUCAAGAAGCAGGCACCACAGAUAUUCCUGCGCACCACCUCGUGGGGCGUCCCCUACGUCUGCGUCAUGCUCCAGACAGCAUUCAUGUCCCUCGCCUUCCUCAGCCUGUCCAACGAGGCCCUGACCGUCUUUUACUGGUUCGUCUCGCUGACCGCGUGCGGCGUGCUCAUCUCUUGGAUCACGAUCCUCGUCAACCACUGGCGUCUGCUGCUCGCCAUGAAGAAGCAAGGCAUCCCCGCGAGCAGCCUGCCCUGGCACAACUCGUGGACCGCCUACACGACCCCAGCCGCGCUCGUCAUGUGCGUGCUCAUCCUCUUCACCACGGGCUUCCCCGUCUUCGUCCCGGGCGGCUGGGACGCCAACAGCUUCGUCUCGUCCUACCUCGACAUCCCGCUCGUCCUGGUGGCCUUUGGGCUGUGGAAGUUCUUCAAGAAGACCAAGUUGGUCGACCUCGCGACCGUCCCGAUCCGCGAGGCACUGGAGGAGAUCGAGCGCAACCCGGAACCCAUGGAGCCGCCCAAGAAGGGCUGGGAAAAGGUCGCUGGGUUUCUGUGGGAUUAA